GAAGAUUGAUAUAAUGAUCACCCGAACUAGCUCGGCAAGCUUCAAUUCGUGCCAUCUUCGGAAAAAUAUAUAGUAUUGAACUAAGCUAAUUAUAUAAGCUAAGCUAGCUAUCUUGCCCAAGAAGAUGACGAGUGAACUAGUGCAACCAAAAGGAAAGGUGAUAAGCAUUCUGGCCAUAGAUGGGGGAGGCGUCAGGGGAAUUAUUCCAGGCACCAUCCUUGCUUUUCUUGAAGCUCAGCUCCAGAAAAUUGAGGGGAACCCAAAGGCGAGGAUUGCAGACUACUUUGAUGUGAUAGCAGGAACCAGCACCGGCGGGCUUGUGACGGCAAUGCUGACCACGCCCGGAGAUAAUGGCCUCCCGCUAUUUGCCGCAGCUGAUAUUCCCCCCUUUUACAUGAAAGAGUGUCCUAACAUCUUCAAAAAAGAAUCCAAAACCAAAACUGCCAGCACCCAAAGCCUGGUCACUUCCUUGCUCACCACAAACGUUUCUGAUGUUACUGCUGCUACUGUGGAAAACCCCAACUUUGAGUUGCCCCAGUUCUCAGAAGAAGAUAUCCCCGACUUUUACAAGCAACGCCUCCCUCAUUCAGCGCCGCGGCCGCUUCAGAUGCCCAUAGCGAAUGCCAAUACGUUGUUUGGAUUUCCAGAUAUUUGGGGUUGGUUCAAGAAACUAGGGUCUAGUGUGUGGUAUGUCAUUGAGUUCAUUGAGAAAAUGGGUUUUCGUCCAAUGUAUGAUGGUGCUUACUUGCAUGCCAAGAUCAAAGAAAUGGUUAAAGACAUUAAGCUUAACCAAACCCUCACUAACGUUGUCAUCCCAACUUAUGACGUUCAUCGCUUGAAACCUGUCAUCUUCUCCUCUUUUCAGGCAAGGAAGGAGGCGUCAAAGAACCCAAAACUCGUAGAUGUUUGCAUUGCCACGUCAGCAGCACCAAUUUACUUGCCUCCUCAUAGCUUUGAGUUGCAAUCGUCUCAAGGGAUUGAGAAGUUCAACCUUGUCGAUGGCGGAGUUGCCGCCAAUAAUCCGGUACGGAAUAUUGCCCGCGUUAUUAUGGAUUAUAAGAAUUUUAUUAUACAAAAAUAAUACAAAUCAUUAUGUGCAAAAUACAAUGAAACAUAUAUUGCUGAUUAGGGGUACAAUACAUAAAUGAUACCUUAAUUGUUGGUAUUGUUGAAUUUUGAUACUUUAACUUUUAAAUGAAAUAUAUUUGUACCAUAAUUAUACAUAAAUGUUUCAACCUACAAUAUUAUUCAAAUUUCUAGCAAAAAAAACUUAUGUGGCGGAAGAGGUGGAUCCACUCAUGUUCAAAAGGGUUCACAAUAUCACAUGAACACCUAAAUUUCUGAAAAAUAUGCUGGUAUGUAUGUGUAAAUUUGGUAUAGUUAUUUAUUACUCUUUAAGUUUGUAGUUUUAAGAAAGUAUUGAACACUCAAAACUUACAUUCCGAAAUCGCGAGUGUGUGGCAGCCAACAUUCCAUGCAUAGAGUCCAACCCUAUAGUGAUUAAAUGGACAAAAGUAAUGUAAAGUGGACUUGGAUUUUCAACCACCACGUAAGUUUUUUUGGACAAAAAUUUGAAUAAUAUUGUCAGUUUAAACAUUUAUGUGUAGUUAUAGUAAUAAUUUGUUUCAUUUAAAAGUUAAGGUAACUAAAAGGCAACAAUAUCAAUAUUUAAGACGUCGUUAAAUAUUAGUUUAAUCGCGAGCUUGAACGUUCACAGUUAUGUUUUCACUGUCACACUAGUUGAAGAUGUUGUUUUAAUACUCCAUUCAUUUCAAAUAGAGUUGCAAAAUUGACUUUUUGGUCAAAGAGAUUCAUUUUAUUCAAUUAUAGAAUAUCUAUUUUUAAUUAAAUUCUAAUUUGGAUUUUGCAACUUUAUAGAUAUUUUUUAGGAGGUAGUAUUAUCAAUUAUCACCGGAGAACAUAUAUGUAGAAAAAUGAGAAUGAAAAAAAAUGAAAAUGUAUAUGAUGAGGCAAAGAAGAAUGAUAUGAAACAAUCUUAAUUAGUUGAAUAUUAAUGAUUUUUUUUUUUUAGAAAAAGGAGAAUGAUAUGAUGAGCAUAUUAAUGAAUUGAGAAGCUCCCUUCAAUGAUCAAUCAGGUGCUAGUGGCUAUAUUGGAAGCAGCAAAGGCUUAUAAUGUUCGGCCGUUGCCUGAAAAUUUCAGGAUCCUGUCAUUGGGGACGGGAUCAUGCACAGGCACUCAAAUGGCUGAAGUGGGCGAUGCCAAUAGUUGGGGCGCCGUCAGGUGGUUGUUGUUUCCGGACAACACUCCUCGUAUCACCGACGUUUUCAUGGGUGGCAAUGAGAGCAUGGUGGACGCUUACACCUCUCUGCUUUUCGGCGGCGACACCGCUUCCGGCGGCCCCGACAAUUUCCUUAGAAUCCAAUACCAAGGGAUGAAGUACGAUGAAUGUCUGGUGGAUGACUCUAGCAAAGCCUAUCUACAAAAGUUGGAACAGUUUGCUAAUGAUCUGCUCAAGGAUCCUGUUUCUGGUCCGACCACUUCCAACCCUCUUGAGCUCACAAAUGAAGAGGCUCUCAUUUCGUAAGCAUCAAGUUCUCAUUUAAUUUAGUGACAACAUUUUUUAUUUCACGUUGUCUAACGGAUGACUUUAUUGGUUACUACUCACGUGUGCAAAACCAUUGCCGCAUGAAGACUCACGUGUACAUGAGGUUUACUGCAUGAGGACCUCACCUUGUUGUAUAUUUGUAUGUAACAUUAAUUUAUCGGUUGAUGAUUAUCUCAUCCCAUUCUUACGUAAAAGUAGCAGUAGAUUAGUAUGGGUAGUUGAGAUAUUUGUAUUUAAAUAGCAUAGCUACGGUCAAUGUAAAUCAAUUCGAUCACGAUCUAAAUACACACUCAGUUCAAUAUAUCUUCGUUUUGAUUCUUUUCAUGGUAUCAGAGCAGUGACAUAGAUCCUGCGAUUUCUCGAUCAACAAUGGCUACCGACUCCAACGGCAACGACGGCGGACGAAGGAAAAUCAAUGAUAUUUCUUCUCCGUAUUACCUAUCAAGCGCUGAUUUCCCAGGGAUGAAUAUCUGUGGGAUGGUGCUGAAGGGCGAAUCGAAUUACCGCGAGUGGUCUACGGCUAUGAAGAACGCUCUGCGGGCGAAACGGAAGGUGGGAUUCAUUGACGGUAGUAUCCCACAACCAACGACGAACACUGCGGACUCGGAAGAUUGGGUGAUUGUGAAUGCUAUGAUCGUUGGAUGGCUCAUGACGGCCACUGAUCCGAUGCUUAGGUCGAAUUUGACCUACAUGGAUAGUGCCUUGAAUUUUUGGGAUGAUCUGAAAACCCGAUUUUCUGUGGUCGAUCCAAUGCGAAUAUAUGAAUUAAAGGAGGCAAUUCGGCAGUGCCGGCAGAAGGGUCAAACUGUUACGGCGUAUUUCGGAGAACUCAAAACACUUUGGGACGAUUAUGACGGGCUCCGGGCUAUACCGCAGUGUAAGUGUAAUAGGUGUACCUGCGAUCUCAAUAAGCAAUUCCUUAGGCUUAUUGAAAUUGAGAAAACCCAUGAGUUUCUUCUCGGCCUUGAUCAUGACGGUUUUGGCGUACUGCGUUCCAAUAUCUUAAGCAAGGAUGACCUGCCGUCAAUGACCAAAGUUUACCAGGCUGUGACUCAGGAAGAGAGGACCCGUAACGUGAUUAAAGGCAGAGAAGAACGAACUGAAGUUAUGGCUUUAGCCGCACGAACCGGAGACGGACGAGAUGAGAAGAUUAAGUGUACAUACUGCCACAAAACUGGACACGACGUGGACAAUUGCUUCAAGAAAACUGGACGCUACCCGGAGUGGUGGUAUGACAACCCCGGACGAGGAAGAGGAAGUGGCCGGGGAAAAGAAAGAAGUGGGCCUGGCCGUGGACGAGGGAAGGCAGUCGCACACGCCGCCGUGAUUGGAGAAGCAUAUGAAGAGAAACACAGAGAAGGCGCUGCACAGAAUACGGUGCCGGGGCUUUCCGAUGAACAAUGGAAGGUAUUGCUGCAACUAGUUGAAAAAAGUAAGGCCACAUCCUCGGGAGAUAAAUUAUCAGGUAUGCCGUAUGAACUGGAUUGGCUCUUAGACUCUGGAGCCUCUUAUCACAUGACGGGUAAAGCCGAGCUAUUUGCCAAAAUUGAUAAAUUGAAUCCAAUACCGGUUACCAUGCCAGAUGGUAAAAUUACUUAUGCCACAAGUAUGGGAGAAAUUCACAUAAGUCCCAAAAUUCGUAUAAAAAAUGUGCUUUUAGUUCCCGGAUUGAAUUGCAACUUAAUCUCUGUUGCACGCCUGAUUGAUGACAUAGGAUGUGAGAUUUAUUUUGCUAAUGAUAUUUGUGUAAUACAGGGCCUACCUUCGAGGACGCCGAUUGGAGUGGCUAAACGGAAAGGAGGAGUUUAUUAUUUUCACUGUCUGGACAGAAUUCAAGCUCAUUCAAUCAAGGGUGUACAUUCAGGUGAAUUGUGGCAUUCAAGAUUAGGGCAUCCGUCCAAGACAGUUCUGCGUUUAGUUAGUAAAUUGAAUAAUUCCUUGUUUCCAGUUGAUUUGAAUAAUGUUUGUGAUGCGUGUUUACGUGGUAAACAAACUCGUGAUUCUUUCAAUUAUAAUUUAGCUAAAGCUGUUGAACCAUUUGAGUUGAUUCAUUGUGAUAUCUGGGGCCCGUAUA